GAGGGGCAGUGGCCCCUGUUCUACGACGGGGAGAGGACAGGAUCAUCAAUGAUAUAGAUUGUAAUGCAGCAUACCCAUCCAUCAACAUCAACUACAACUACCACGUAUGCUUUGGGGAUGGUCAAAUCAGCGCGUGUGGCCUUGACGAAGGUGGUCCAUUGAUUUGCCGAGAACCCGAAGGAGCCCAAGCCCCAACCGUGGCUGGUGUAAGUUCCUUCAAUGACAUCAGCUGCUCAAGUGGCCCAUCAGUCUACACAAGGGUUUCAUCCUACCUAGCCUGGAUAUGCUCAAUUACACAAAGUUGCUGAUGAAUAUAUAAUUCAAAAAUGUCAUUUUGUGGAAAAAAUUUUAAAUCAACUUUGUUGUAUCUUAAAUCAUGAAUAAAAAUAGAACUCCGUA